CUGACAGUCAUUCAGCACAAAGCUCUGCCAGGAAACGUUAACUGAACUUCUGGGAGGAUAUUGCUCCAAGAAAGUCUCUUCUUUGGAAUGAUGAGAGAAUCUGCAUCAAGUCAGCAACAACACUUGUACGUGCGCCGGCGUUCGGCCGCGGGCCACCUGGUCGAGGAUGUGGGGAGGAGGUUUAUCGUUGUAUGUUACCGUGAUUGUGACUCUACUCCUGGUCAUUAUCGACGUGAAAGCAAGUGGGGAGUAUUGCCACGGCUGGCACGACUCCCAGGGCGCUUGGAAAGAAGGGUUCCAGUGCCCGGAGAAGAUUGACGGGGAGGACUCGAUCAUCUGCUGCGGGAAAUGCGAGCUGCGCUACUGCUGCUCCAGUACGGACGCACGGCUGGAUCAGGGGAGCUGCGAUAACGACCGGCAGGCUCAGGAGCCCGGGACAGAGAACAAGGAGAACAAGGAUUCCGGUGCAGUGCCCAUCUAUGUGCCGUUCCUGAUCGUGGGGUCAGUGUUUGUCGCUUUCAUUCUGGUGGGCUCUGUGGUUGCUGUGUGCUGCUGCCGCUGCCUCCGGCCCAAACAGGAACUGUCAUCAGAAGGUACGACAGGAGGCGGUGCAGGCGGUGGUCGCCUCUUGGAAACCAUCCCUAUGAUGGCCAGCGCUGGGACCUCCAGAGGUUCAUCAUCCCGCCAGUCCAGCACGGCCACCUCAUCCAGCUCCUCCGCCCCGCCCGCCGCACCCCGUCCUGCUCCCCCUCCUCUCAUGCGGGCUCAGGCCUCCUGUUGCCUGCCCCCUGAUGCCAGCGUCUUCGUCAACAUGCCCACUAACUUCUCUGUGCUCAACUGCCAGCAGGCCACGCAAAUCAUGCCUCACCAGGGACAGUUUCUGCACCCGCAGUACAUCGGCUACGCCCACCCUACACCGGCCUUCCUGGACCCCACUCAGGGAGGAUACAGACCCCUCCAGUCCCCCUGCCCUCCUCCCAUCGGCGGGUCCAGUGUCACCAGUGACCAGAAAUACCCUCCAGUGACUGUGUGAUGAGGGGCCAACCUGCAGACCACUCUGCCACUUUGUUGUGAAGUUUAACCUGUGAGGGCUGCGCCAGAGACCCGUUGGGGGACGCUGCCAGAGUGGAAAAAGAAAGGCAGGCAGUCAGACUCACAUGAAGGACUCAUAAAGCCGUUGAGGCAGCAGGGCCUGCCCUGCUAUUGUGUGUGGUGUGUGUCUCUUUAGUGUGUCAUAUGAUCUGGCAAGUUGGAAUGAGCUAAGCUCAGCCUAUGGUGGGGUAAGAUGGAUGCAAUAACAAUUUUCUGUCUUGAUGCAAAGACAAAACUGUAUAUUGGAGGGUUAUACAGCCCAGAUGGGUGAUAAUGCACAGCUCACUGCAGCUCAAAUAAAGACUGUGCAUGUG